AUGCUUACGAUGGAACGGCCUGUAUCACAAAUGGAGAACAUACGCCCAUCAGGUCUGAAGCCGCCAUCGAGGCUGCCCGCCUUGACCAGCGGCAGAACUCUGCAAGAAACGACUGCCAGCGACCUCAAUGCGAAGACUGCUGGGAGUCAUAUGCCACCGCCGUCAAGCAGCAUACCAUCCAAGCACAAGCCUAGCGGGCUACCGGAGCCGCCUACAAAGCGUAAGACACUUGCAGAGCGUGCUGCUGAGCCAGCGAAUCCACUACGAUCGCAUGCGUCUACCAAGAGCAUCAGCAGCACUUCAGGCUUCGGCACGCGACCGCCCUCCAACCUCUCGAGCCACCGAAACACAUCCAAUGCCUCGACUGCGAGCUCGAUCAGCAGCAUACGACCAGGCAGCAGACAUGCCACCGGAAUACGCCAAGGAGGAGCGACGCGGCCUGCGAGCACAGCACGAGCUCAGCCACCGCAGAGCGAUGAUCAGGAAUCAGAUGGAGAAGCAGGGAUCAUGGGUAUGCGCAAAGCUUGGGACCCCAUGCACCGCCUCGAUGGUCUCGAAAAGAUGUACUCUGGUCUUAAGGAGCAGAUGGGAGAGGCCGCUCAAGCGAAGAGUGCCAUCGAAGAGACAUUGGCCCUGUACAAGACACGAGUACAGGAGCUGUCCGACGAGAAUCGAGAGCUCACGUCCCAAACACGAUCCCUCACGAGCGAUCUCGAUCGAGCACGAAACGAACUUCACACGACGUCGACCGAUCUUCGUCAAGUACGACGAGACAACGAGCGCGAGCUGCAGGACUUGGCGAGAAAGCAAGAGAGAGAAGCUGACGAACUCCGGGCGAAGCACGAGAAGGAAGUGCAGAGGCUGGAGCGAGAGCGUGAAAAGCAGGCCGCUGAGUUCGAACGCAAGCUGGACGACGUAAGGAAGGCACUGGAGAAAGAGAAGGACAAGGAGACGGCAGAGCUUACGUCAAAGCACUGGGAUGAGAUGGAUGAGGUGAAGAAGGACCACGACCAGGAGCUGUCGAAAUUGCAGAAAGAAGUAGAAACGCUACGCGAGGCAGGCGAAAGCAGAGCGACGGAGUCUGCCACUGAAGUCCAAUUCAUGCGGGAGUCAAUCGUAGACCUGCAGCGCCAGCUUGACGAGAACAAAGCGACCACAGCGACCCUGCGGACGCGCAUCACGACAUACGAGAAUAAGAUCACCAUGCUCGAGCAGGAGAAGAAUCAGCUCAUCUCGAAGGCACACUUUCUGGAAGGCAACCAGGAAGCUCAAAGCCACGAGUUCACGACGAUGCGCGAGCAGAUGGAGAAAGCAAUAUCAGAAAAGGAAGCGACACUCGAGACUUUACGAAGAGAGGAAGCCCUUCGGCGAAACCUGAAUGCCACGAUACUGGAACUCAAAGGCAACAUUCGUGUCUUUGUCAGAUCUAGACCACUUCUCAAUGGCGAAACGGAUGCUGCCAAGGUGGAGUACCUGGGCGAGGACGAGCUUGAUGGCUGCAAGGAUAUGGUUGUCCAUGCUCCUGCAGCACUGACCGCCACUGGAAAAACUCGGAACGAGAAGCACAACUACUCCUUUGAUCGUGUGUUCCCGCCGGGUACCGAGAAUAUCAGCGUGUUUGACGAGUGCAAAGAGCUCAUUCAGUCAGUGGUCGAUGGCUACAAUGUCAGUGUCCUGUCCUAUGGUCAGACGGGCAGUGGAAAGACUUAUGGAAUGUCUGGACCGGAAGGCAUCAUUCCGUCUUCGAUACGCCUUCUGAUGUCCGAGAUGUUACGACUCAAGUUCAAGGGCUGGGACUAUGCUGUUGAAGCUUCGUUUGUGGAAGUCUACAACGAGACGCUCAACGAUCUGCUGGGCGACGCGAAGACUUGGGACGAUGCUGAUGAUCUUGGCGCAAGCGUGCGUGGCAAGAAAAAGGACAAACAUGAUAUCCAUCACGACACGGCUACUGGAAAGACAACAGUGACGAAUCUUACAGCGAUAGGGCUUUGGCCGCCACCUGCUGAUGCAGAUUGGCCUCCGGCUGCACAAAUCACUGGCAGCCCGUCUGCCAGCCCUAGAGCUUCAGGAAUCGAUGCAGCAGCACAAUACACCGAGAAAGCUGUCACGAAUCUCCUCGACACCGCCGCCAAGAAUCGAAGAGUGGCAGCGACAAAAGCCAACGAACGCAGUUCCCGAAGUCAUAGCGUCUUCAUCAUAACCCUCAAAGGUCGCUGCGAAGCUACCGGUGAGACAACCGAAGGUGUCCUGAACCUCGUCGACCUCGCAGGAAGCGAACGACUCAAACAAUCCGGCGCGGAAGGCAGCCGUAUGAAAGAGACGCAAGCCAUCAACAAAUCCCUCAGCUCCCUAGGAGACGUCAUUGCCGCGUUGGGCAACAAGAGCCAGAAUGGCGAUGCGCAUGUGCCGUACAGAAACAGCAAGUUGACGCAUUUGUUGCAGUACUCGCUGGGAGGCAGUACGGCGGGGAAGAGCUCGAGGACGUUGAUGUUGUUGCAUCUCAGUCCUUUGCAGACGCAUUGGCAGGAGAGUAGGAGUAGUUUGUUGUUUGGGAGUAAAGUGCAUGGUACUCAUAUUGGUACCGCGAAGAAGCGGUAG